UGGUUUCUGGGGGGCGCCAAAGUGUGAGACAAAGUGAAAAGUGAUCGUGUCAAGGAUCGUGCAGCUUGCAACGAGCGCGCGUGCGUGCGGUCGAAGAGAGCGUGAACGUGAUCGCGAGCGCUCGAGCGAGGACCGAUCGAGUGGAUCCGUUCCAGUGAACCCGCGACCCCCCACUCGGCCGAAGGGUUACUUGACCUCCGACAACGGAACGACGUUCCGUCUAAUUUCGUUUCGCCCCUUCGCGCACAACCAGACAGCACAGCAACCGUAGUGGGUGUGUGUAUGUGUGUGUAGUAUAUGUGUGUGUGCGUGUAUGUGCGCUUAUGCGUGUGAGGUGAAGAAAGUGGCGUCGGAGGUGCCAAGAUACGGCUAACGGAGUGCAAAAAGCGGGAGCAAAAAAUAAGAAAAAAAAAACAGUCCAACAAUGGUAAACAAACAAUACAACGUGCACAAUCCGAAGCUGCACAAGACGAAAGUCGGUGGCGGUGGUGGUCAUGGUGGUGGUACCGGCAGCGGAAGUGGCGGCAACAGUUCGCCAUCGCCGUUGCGCAGUUCCUACAACAUCAUUUCCACGCGCCCCGAUGCCGGGACAACGGACGAGGAUCGGUUUUCCAUCGAAAGCGGCAGUUGCGGUGGCGAUGGCGGCAUAUCGGAACAGUCGACGGCGUUGGCCGGAAGUCGCUCAUCGGCCGGCAGUCGGCAGCUACCACCACCGCCACCACCACCCAGAGGCCAUUCGCAUCUCACUGUUAGCCGCCGGGCUACGGUGACACCGGAGCAGCAGCAGCAGCAGCAGCACAACGGCGAUGAGGAGGACCUCUAUGGACGCAACAUACAGUUCUACGGUGAGGGACAGCUGACCGCGGCUAGCGGUGAGGUGGUUGGCGAGAGUCCGAGCCAUGCUGGACGCUUUGCGCAUGGACUCGGCGGCAAGGAGCUCACCAUCAGCGACAUUGGGCGAUUUCAGUACAUUCUGCAGAUGGACCGGGAAGUGGGCACCCCGUACAGUGGUUACACGGAUUCGGCCAACACACUGCCUUCGUCACCGACGCCCACCUCCCUGGACAGCCACAGCCACAAUCGGCAGAGCUUCAACUUCUGGAAGGCCGGCUCCCAGUCGCCCCUGUCCGCGUCCUCCUCCAGCAGUUCCUUCUUCCGACCGAGCCAACGCUGCCUACUAUACAAAGUGCUGAAAGUGAUUUGGCGCUACAUCAAGUGGCCACUCGGGCUGCUGAUGAUCUGUGCCUUGCUCGGUCUCGUGGUCUACUUCCUGGUAGUGGACCGGGACAUAAUGAGCAGUGGACUGCUCGGUGAGGAUGGUUACGAGGUGGACGAGAACCUGUCGAUCGAUUUUAACGACUUUACCAGCACCAACGAUCUACAUCCCGGUGAUCAUCACUACAACGGCAUACUGAAGGAUAAACCGAAGGUUGCACCCGGGUCCGGUCGAACGGCCGAAACCAAGUUCUCCUUCGGUCUCGACAACGAUCUGCUUGCGGUCUUUGGACACGCCAAGAAGCCGACGGUGGCGGUAACGUUCGAUACAUCGGGCCAGUCACAUCCAGCGAGCACAUCCUGGGGCACGGUUCCCAGUUCGACGGAACGGCACGAGACGGAGAGUGCCAGCGAGGAGCUACCGGCACAGGUGGUCAAAGUGACGGAACCACCGAUCCGUAAGACCAGCACCAUCUCGCUGAAGGACUACACGAAGGCACGGGUUGUCUUUGAUGAUGAUGAUUUCCUCGAGGCGGACGAUGGCCAGUCGCGGUUGCCGCAGGACGUCAACGGACAUCCGCAACAGAAUGGCCGCGUACCGGAAGGGACGACGCGUGCUUACGAACGAGUGACGCCGAGUGGCAGUGGAGCGGCGGUGGCGGUCGAUCCGGCAGCCGAGGUACUGCAGCGUCAGAAGAAUGUGACCAUCCCAUCGGCCACUACGGAUGCGAGCCUCUAUCGGACGAAGGUCUCACCAACAUUGCCCAUUCUGUCACGUUUCGAGAUCACCACCGAGGGUCUGAAGCGGUUCAACGUUUCGGAAGAAGGAAUCUGUCAAUCCACGUCACUGCCACUGUGCCGAGGGGUACUGCCAUACGAUCUGACCGUUCCCAACAAUCACCGCCUAUCGGCGCUCGAGUACGAGCAUUUCCAGUAUCUGAUCAACUCCAAGUGUUCGAUCAGAGUAGCCGAGUUCGUCUGCUUGGCGCUGGAACCGGAGUGUCGGCCAACGCGCAUGGGAACGCUGACACCGUGUAAGCGCAUCUGCAAAUCCAUUCUGGAGCCCUGCGCGCACAUUAUCGCCAGCUCGGAAGCCUUGACGGCGACCUUCGAUUGUGACAGUUACCCGGACUCGGACGAUCGGAACAUGUGCGAGGAUCCGACGCGGCUUGGCAAGUGCUACGCGAACGAGUUCCGAUGUGCCGACUCGAGCUGCAUUCCUUUGCAGUGGAAAUGCGACAACAUCAAGGACUGUCAGGGUGGUGAGGAUGAAAGCGAUUGCAAGCAGUGCGAACGGGACGAGUAUCGGUGUAUGUCGAACGACAAGUGCAUUCCGGACAAGUGGCGCUGCGAUCAGUAUGAGGAUUGCCCGGAUGCAUCGGACGAGGUGGAUUGUUACUACGAUGAACCGACAACGUUCCCGACGGCUUACGGCAGCCAGCGAGAGUAUCCUUUCGUGCAAGUACAGGUCCCCAACAGUCCGAAUGGCCGUCCAUACAUCACAAUCACUAAUGAGGAUCGAGCCCAGCCCGAGGCCGAUCAUGAUCAACCGACAGCGCCCCGGUCUCCGGAUUAUGGCACUUCGGAGGAAAACGAUGAGACGGAUAAGUAUGAACCGACGGCGGCCGAGAAUGCACCCCAAGCCAAUCGCCAUCAAGGGAAUCAUAGUAGCGAAGAGAACAGUUCUAGUAAUGCUACCAGCACCACUAGCACCAGCACCACCAUCACCACAACGGAGCGAGUUCCGGAUCAAACGGAAGCCGAAACGGGUCGAUCCAUUUCGCUGCCCAAGUCACUCGUGAACUUCCAGGAUAGUAAGGAAAUCAUGAUGACGUCGGAUUCGGAGAAUGAUUUCAAGAUAAGCAGCACCAGUCGGGACUUUCUGACGACCGCCCAUGUGUCACCGUGUCCCGAGGGUGAACUGCGGUGCGUCAGUGGGAUCUGUAUAUCCGUGAGCCAACUGUGUGAUAAGGUUCAGGAUUGUGCCGAUGGAGCUGAUGAGGCCGGAUGUACCUAUAAAGAGUAAGCUCGGGGGUCGGCCACGAUCGGUCUAGGACAUCAUGGAACUGGAACAAACACCGAUCGCUUGGUUGUUGGCAGCGGCAGCCGCCGUCGAAUACUCCUCCCGGGGGGCCGGGGUUUGUGUUAAUGUCCCGUUACCCGACCUUUAAAACUUGUUGAUUCGUUUUAGCUCGAGAAUCUAACUGCAUUCCCGGCGUGCAGGGAGAGAUAUGGUGGUGAUCGAUCGGCGGAUCGGCGGACUCUCUCGUAGCCUUCCUCCCGGCGAAGGUUUUUUUUUCAUUCAUUCUUCAUCAAGUUGUUGCCGUUUAUAUCGACCACGUGGGUCGCUCGGAAUCGGCAACAGCAACCACGUUACCGUGUAUGGCGGAGAGCUAUUCAAUCCCGCUCAGAUCAGCUCGAUAUCAGUAGGUAGUACGCCCUGGCUAGAGGGAGGGCAGUAAAGAAAAAAACAAGAUGUUCAUCAGAUCAGUUACACGACUUGCGCUUUGUACAUAGAAAGCACUAAAAUACAUACCUACAUGUACACAUUCACUCAUUUCAUUCACACACAUGACACACGAACAUGACAAUCCUUCUUACGAUCUUUUGUAAAUGUUUUAUUAUUUUAAACUAAUAAAAAUAUGGAACUAUA